GGGCCUCAGGCAGUCCAGCGCCAGGCACCAUCUGUGCAGGCCCCUCUGCAGCCCAGCCGGCCAGCUGCCUGCUCCACAGCCUGUGCGGCAGAGACAGAAGGGUGGAAGGAGAGGCAGCUCCAGGCCACCACCAUGCAUGGACUGAGGCUCUUCUGCUGCUGCGUGGCCCCAAUCCUGCUCCUUGGGGCACGGGCAGAACUGCAAGUUUCUGCCCCGGAUGGCACAGAAGACUCUGCCACCUUUGCCGAAGGAGGCUUGUUGCCCGGAGACCCAAGCCUGGCAGAGAAGGAGAAGCUGCUCUAUGGAGACUCUGCUGCUGCUGCUGCUGCCACCGCUGCCACCCCACCUGGGACAGGAAUUCCCUUCCGACCCUUAGACAGCCAGGAGGAAGCUAGCACAGGUGUGGAAGUAAGCCCUCGUGCUGAUGGCUCCACUGAGGCAGCUGCUGAACUGGACACCAGCUCCUUGGAAGCUGAGGGUCUGGAAGAAAAGGAAGCUCUUGUUGCUGAACCACAGAAUGCCCCCGACAAAGGGCAUGACAUGGAUGGGCAAAGGGAAGCACCUGAGCCAUAUCUUGCAGUCAACAAGAAGGAGGUUUUGGCUGGAGAGGAGGCUGAAGAGAGUGAGCAGGCCCAGUCAGAGGGAGUUGCCAAAGAUGCUGCCCCCUCCCAGAGCCUCCUUGUGCCCCCUGUCAAGACCAGAGAGGACAACAUCACUGCUGACUUGGGCAGAGAAGAUGGAGCUACCUCUGUGGAAAGACGCUUUAGUGAUGGCUCCCCUGCAGUGAGCACCUUGGGGGCACCAGGCAAGGCGCCACAGGAGCCCCAUCUGUUAGACGGGCAAGAAGAGUCUGAGGAAGCAGAGGGGGGAGGAGACACCAGCCCCCAUGAGGAAGAAGCAGAGGAGGAGACAGCGGGUGUUCCUGGGCAGCUUGAUGCAGAGGAUUCGGAGGAGGAGGGAGAAGAAGGGGCUACAGUGGCCAGGGAGGGGGAUACUAGCCUACAAGAAGGAGAAGGUUCUGAUGAAGAUGAGUCUGGGGGGAAAAAUGAUUCUGAGGAAGAUGAGGCUGAGGAAGAAGACAAUUCUGAGGAAGAUGCGGCUGAGGAAGAAGACAGUUCUGAGGAAGAUGAGGCUGAGGAAGGAGACAAUUCUGAGGAAGAUGCGGCUGAGGAAGAAGACAGUUCUGAGGAAGAGGAGGUUGAGGAAGGAGACAAUUCUCAGGAAGAUGAGGCUGAGGAAGAAGACCCUCAGCCACAGGAAGAUGACAGCACAGUGGAAGCCGCAGAAGAGGGUGCGACUGCCUUGGCAGGAGAAGAAGCCAUGGUCCAUGGAAUAGGAGGAGAAGAAGAGGGUCCUGCCCCAUCAGAGAGAGAGGGGAGAGCAGAGGAGGGGGAAGAGGGGACUUCCCCAGGGAAAGGUGUGGGUGAAGUGGAGCCAGGAGAUCCCAGCCUGACAUCUGACCCUGAGGCUGACACCCACCUCCAGCAUCAAGAGGGAGGCCCCAGUGAAGCAGAAGCAAUGCCCACUCCUCCCAGCAAUGAAGACACCCUCAGUGGUCAUGAAGAGGCAUCCUCUGAGCAAGCCCACCCAGUCCCGCCUGCCGCUAGCCCAGCACCUCACAGCAACCCUCCAGCUACUUCCACCGCUGAAGAGGCAGAGGAUGCCGGGGAGUCUGUCCGGAGGGACCGCACCCACAUUGAAAGCACCUUGAAGCUGAAGGAAGAGAAGCCUGCAGAUGACUAUUCAGGCACACUGCAGCGGCUGAGGAAGAUCUACCACACUUCUAUCAAGCCCUUGGAGCAGUCUUACAAGUAUAACGAACUACGGCAGCAUGAAAUCACAGCUUACCCUGGACGCACCUUGGGCUCCUCAGCCACAGAUGGAGAGAUCACUUCCAAGCCGAUGGUGCUAUUCCUGGGACCAUGGAGUGUUGGCAAAUCCACCAUGAUAAACUACCUCCUGGGGCUGGAUAACACUCCCUACCAGCUCUACACAGGAGCUGAACCCACCACCUCAGAGUUCACCGUCAUCAUGCAUGGGCCCAAACUCAAGACCAUUGAAGGCAUUGUGAUGGCUGCGGACAGCACACGCUCUUUCUCACCUCUUGAGAAAUUUGGUCAGAACUUUCUGGAGAAGCUGAUAGGGAUCGAGGUCCCUCAUAAGCUCUUGGAAAGGGUUACCUUUGUGGAUACGCCGGGGAUCAUUGAAAACCGGAAGCAGCAGGAACGAGGCUACCCUUUCAAUGAUGUCUGCCAGUGGUUCAUUGACAGAGCUGACCUCAUCUUUGUAGUGUUUGACCCCACAAAGCUAGAUGUGGGGCUGGAGCUGGAGAUGCUUUUCCGCCAGCUAAAGGGACGGGAAUCUCAGAUUAGGAUAAUUCUGAACAAAGCUGACAGCCUGGCUACGCAAGAGCUCAUGCGAGUCUACGGAGCCUUGUUCUGGAGCCUGGCUCCACUGAUCAACGUCACUGAGCCCCCCAGAGUCUAUGUCAGCUCCUUCUGGCCCCUGGAUUACGAGCCCGACACCCACAGAGAACUCUUCUUGAAAGAGGAGAUUUCACUCCUAGAAGACCUGAACCAAGUGAUUGAAAACAGGCUGGAGAACAAGAUUGCUUUUAUCCGCCAACAUGCCAUCCGCGUCCGCAUCCAUGCACUCUUAGUUGAUCGCUACUUGCAGACCUACAAGGACAAAAUGACCUUCUUCAGCGAUGGAGAGCUUGUGUUCAAGGACAUUGUGGAGGAUCCAGACAAGUUUUACAUCUUUAAAACAAUCCUGGCCAAGACCAAUGUCAGCAAGUUUGACCUCCCUAAUCGUGAAGCUUACAAGGACUUCUUUGGGAUCAACCCAAUCAACUCCUUUAAGCUUCUUGCUCAGCAGUGUUCCUACAUGGGAGGCUGUUUCCUGGAGAAGAUUGAGAGGGCUAUAACCCAUGAGCUGCCAGAGCUCUUGGGGAGUAUUGGCCUGGGAAAGAAACCCAGCGUCCUCUCCUGCGACACAACUGGCUGUGGUGAGACUCCAAAGAACCGUUACAAGAAACAUUAGUAAUCUGUUCAGUGUAACCACUCCUGUGUUCCUGUUGGUGAAUGAGCUUAUGUCUUAUCUGUCCAAGAAGCCAAGGUCUGUUAACCCUUUGAGUGCCACACCGGCAAGAGCUAAUAUGCAAUGAGGACUGGAGUCACUAGCAUCAGUGGCAGGGAAGUUGGGUGAGCCUACAGAAGAGAAUAAAACACUGUGAAUUUCUGAUGUUUAUUAUCUAACCUGUUAUUCUAAGUAGGAGGCCAUGUAUCGAGCUGAAAGUCCAAUGGAGGGGCCAUUUCUUCUGAGGCAGUCAUAGGCCCUUGCAUGUACUGAACAAGCAGGGAGGAGGAAGGAAAGAUGAGAGUGCUGAGGGCGAAAAGAGGCUGGUCUCCUGACAUUAGGAGAAGCACAGGCAUGGCCCUCCCUUGCACACAAUCUGUAUGUAGUUUUUCCAGCUCCCUCUGCUGCACUUGGGAUUGAGGACCACAGAAUUCAUCACCACAUGUAUAACCAGCAUUCUGCUUGAGACUCACAACAGGCCACCAUCACUAACUCUUCAUCAGCAAUCCCCACUUCGCCUGCAUCUGAGCAUUCCCCCUGUAGUGCAUUCAGUGCCCCUACUGCCCCAUAACUGAAAUUACAGACUGCUGUUCCUCUGGAUUCUGCCUGGUCCGAAAGAAGGCAGCUUCCUACUCUCUUGGAAACCUGGUUCAGAAACAGAAAUCCUCCAGCACACAUCAGAAUCCAAGCAGCUCCUGCAGAGGCCAUUUGAAGCCUAGCCUUUGGGGAGUCUCAUUUUCAGUGGAGGCUACUUUGUAUGUGUGUACAUGGACACAGAAACCUGCUGCUACAAGCAUAAAAUUGUGAGUCUUAGCACUUCACUUGCUAGGACUUGGCAUGGUGAUGGGGCUGGUAUCUGAGAUCCAAGAUUGCCAGGCAUCUCCUGCCCCUUUAGCGUCCUCUUGCUGCCGCUACUGCUGCCGCCCUUGCCCUUCCAGGUUUCUCACUGUGGGUUAAAAACUGGCUAGUCUUUGCCUGUCUUUUCUCUUUUAUAGCUUCCCAGUUGUUCAUUCCCUGCACCUCAGCAUCAAAUUUUUGUGGUUAAUUGCAAAUGGUUAUUUCUUAAGUUAGAACAAAACUCAGCUUUCUUGAAGGUGAAAUAGGAGAAGCAGUCCUUUAGGUAGCACAGCUGAUGGCAGUGCUGAGCGCAAACUGGAGGUUAGUGAGUGGUAGGCAGAGAUGUCCAGGCCUUGCACCCUGAUGAUAAUGUUCUCUGAGUAAGGGAGCCUGGAGCAAUUAUGACAUCCAUGCUGGUAUGCCUUAUUAAUCUUGCAAGGGAGGUUCAAGAAAGGUAUAAUUAAGCAACCUGAGAAAGACAGAAGUGAAGAAGAAAAGGUGAAGCAGAUGAAGAUAGCAUGAUGGAUUGGUUUGCUUGCUUUCCCACCCAAAUAAAGUAUUUGAAAUUUGAAAGUUUUGAGGAAAUGGACAGCAGGUGAAAAUGCAGCUCAGCACCAGAUAACAGCUAGGGAAAGAGUCAGUGCAGAGCGAAGCCCCCCACCCCCCAAUAUCUAGGAAUUGCUGCUGCAGCUGCAACUUCCUCCUUCAUUCUUCUCUUGUAUAUUAGCUUCCUACCCUUCUCAUGUCACCAACUGCUUCCCACCCUGCAGUGCUUUUUCCAAAUCAGAUGCUCUGUUCUUGUAAAUGGUCCUGCAUCUGUCUCUACAACUGGUGGAACAGAAAAAAAGAAGUAUGCUGCAACUGGCUCCCCAAAGUGAAAAUUGCCUUGCUCUCUGAGGAAGCAGUGACCCCAACAGAUGGGCCCCACCGCCUCCAUUGCCUUUCUCGUCCUCAUGUGUUGUGUUUCCCCUCUUCUCCUCUUCUGCCACUUGACUUUCUUGUUCUCAUUCAUCUUUCUUGCCCCCUUUCUUCUUAUGCAUCAAUGUACUACAGGUCAUGUCCAAUGAGAUGAGGUUGUUUCCUGCAAGAUGCACUUAGCAACUUGUUCCGUGUGGGGUGCAAGUCUCAAGUGACAAUUUGGAUGCAAUGGCCACCCCCAUGGUCUAUAACCCACAGGCACAGGUGUCUUGUCCGCUGGCAUGACUUUGAGGGCUGCUGAGGAGCAGUAGGAUCUGGGAUGACACCAGAAACCCAAUACAGCAGAAAUUGCAAUUCACUGGUAGUGCUGAAAGAAAAGGGAGUCAAGGUGUGCAGCUGCCUGCUGCUUGCUGGAAUGAGAUGCUGGGAGGUGGGGAGAAAUGCUGAGCGACAAUCUUGCUAACUUGUGCUGAAAGGUGGCGAUUCAGCCCAAUGCACUGAAUAAAACCUCCUGGUUCCUUGGGACUGCAACAUCCCAGGGCUCCCCAGGUCCCGCCUUGCACUCCUUCCCUUCCCCCACCCUCAAAUCCACACUCAGGGUCUCUUUUGAGUGGUGCCCACUUCACAAUAAAAUGUUCUGUUGGCACUUGACAAUCACGUGGUGUUUCAAGAGCAGUGGAAACUCCAGCACCGAAAACUAAGUAGGUGAUUUCUCUGGGGAAUUUUAGCCAUUGACAGCAUGGCUGAAAUAGUUUGGCAUCCACCUAAACUGGCACUGUCUGAGGAUCAGCCAGAACAGAUGGUUCCUAGCAUUACCAGUCUGUCUCUUCUCAGUCCUGAGAAUAUACAACUUUGUGGGCCACUGAUGGGGGGGGCAGGGGAGCCUGUGUACUUCUCCAGUUGGUUAAAUUACCAAAACCAAAUCAAAUUCACUGUUGUGUGCUUCUUUUGAACAGGAAUUUGGACAGAUACAUUUAAAGGAAUUACAUAGCUGUAAUAUAUUUCCAGUUAGUGGUUCACAAUAAUAAUCUGUAUUUGGAGAGACCAUGUACAUCAGCCAUUCUAAUAAAUUCUGAUCUUUUCCAAUCACA